AUGGCUCGUGAGAUGAACGGCUUCUUCAGCCACCCUCCGACUCCGCCUCCGGCGCCGUACCCGCAGGAGGAGGCGGCCGCGGACGUGGACGACGCGGAGGACGGCGGCGGCGGGCAGGGGAAGCUCUGCUCCAGGGGGCACUGGAGGCCCGCCGAGGACGCCCGGCUCAAGGAACUCGUCGGCCAGUACGGGCCCCAGAACUGGAACCUCAUCGCCGAGAAGCUCGACGGCAGAUCAGGGAAAAGCUGCCGCCUGCGGUGGUUCAACCAGCUGGACCCGCGGAUCAACCGCCGGGCCUUCACGGAGGAGGAGGAGGACCGGCUGAUGGCGGCGCACCGCGCCUACGGCAACAAGUGGGCCCUCAUCGCCCGCCUCUUCCCCGGCCGCACCGACAACGCCGUCAAGAACCACUGGCACGUCCUCAUGGCCCGCAGGCAGCGGGAGCAGUCCGGCGCCUUCCGCCGCCGCAGCAAGCCCGCCUCCUCUUCCUCCUCCUCCAUCGCCCCGGCGCCGCACCACCCGGCCCCGGCCGUCGUCCUCCAGCACCAGCACCAGCACCAGCACCUGUACCAGCACCACGGGGCAUCUCCCAUUCCCAUGCCGCUCCAGCCGUUCGCCAUGGGGGUGGCCAUAGCUACCGGGGUGUACAGCAAGGCCGCUACGGCCACGGCCACGGCCAGCCGCGCCUACAGCGGCGGCGAGUCCGACGAGUCGGCGUCCACCUGCACCACCGACCUCUCCCUCAGCUCCGGCAGCGCCGCCGUGCCCUGCUUCUACCACCACCAGGUUGGUGCAGGCUACGACAUGGCUCCGCUAGCUCACGCCGUGACCCAGGCGUUCUCACCCAGCGCGCGCUCCGCCUUCUCCGCCCCGUCGUCCUCGUCGGCGCGGCAACAGCAGCGCAGGCAGCAGCAGCAGCACGAGGAGGAGGAUGGCGACAAGCUCAGCCUGCCCUUCUUCGACUUCCUGGGCGUGGGCUCGACAUGA